AUGCUGACAGCUCGUCCAUCAUGGAGCCAUCUUCUUCCCGGUAGAUUGUUUCGGACGACAGGAGCGGAGAACAACUUUGGCAGCUUCCGGCAGCCUGAGCUCACCGCAAGGUUCGAGCUCGGUGUAUGGUUGUCUGUCAGGCAGACUGAUUCCGUCUCCCUUUUGCUAGGCCCUUUGCUUCUAGCGCGACUUUGUGUGUGUGAUAUCUUGAGCAUCGGUCAUCUCGACAACUUCGCUUUCGCGCUCUUCUCACGCGACCUUGAUUGCAUGUUUAUAAACAAUGGCGUCAUAUGCAAUGCAGUUCGUUGCAUGAUGCAGAAUGCAGAAUGGGGCGUAGUUUCACGGCUUUGCGACGAGAUGCCAAGGGCUUGCUGCUUGCAAUUUGAAGUGCAUGUCUUCGACUCAUCUUAUGCCGAUGUCUUUGAAAAUGUACAUGUUAUACAAUAA